CUUCCCGGGCCAGCUCCGGGUGGGAAAAGGCUGGGGUGGAGCUGACGGCUCCCACACCCAGCAGCACUCGGAGGAGCGCCCUGUGAAGCGGCGAGAGCCUGGCUGGAAGCCAUCCGGGCAGCCCCGUGCUGGCAGCGGUGCACCGAGGCCGUCCUGCGGCCAGCUCCGGUCUGAGGGCACUCGGCAUCCGCUGCUCUACGCAACUGCACGAAGCUGGGCUGCCUGCAGCUGAGUUGGAGCAGCUCUGCACCCAAGGUGAGUGCCCUGCGUUGCUCGCGCAGAGAAGCACACGCUUGGAAGGUCGGGACAAAGGGGAUUCGUUUUCAUCCAGGAGACAGAUUUAAUCGUGCUGCAGUAAAGCUCAUUACCUUUUAUUUAGUGGGCUUGUUUUAUUCCUCUUUUAUUCCACGCGCUUUUACAUUUCUUUCGGUGACUGUCCCCAUCCCUGCGAAGGCUCUUCCGCUCCCCGCAAACAACGCCGGGAGGGCAGACGGGAGCAGCAACAGGUGGUUCCGAACCAGCAAUGCUUUUCCCCAGGCGGGGUCGUGGUCCCGGCUCCAUCUCCUGCCCAGCACAACAGUUUGCUGGGCCAGAGGGGGUGCAACGAGGGGAGCGGCUGUUCCCAGGCAUGUUGCAGCCGGGUUGGGCACCGCGGGACAGGGGAAGGGGUUGGACCUGGGAACGUGAGGAAUUGGCAGGGGAGGUGGGCACGCUUUGCCGGCCUGCUGACUCUAAUACAGCAUGGCCGGGACUGUAUUUCUCUCCCAGUUCUCACAGAUGAAAUAACCGUGCUCCAUAGCUCUGCAUGUAUGGAUCUCCGUAUGCAGCAAUCAUUCCCCUGCGUCCUUUUGAUUCUCUCAGUCGAAGACCUCCGUGCAGGUAAUUCUCUUUAAUCUCUUGUAUACCCCACCUGUCCACCAGCUCCCUAAUUCUCUGAGGGGAUCCAGCAGACAGGAUGCUCUGGUGGCACUUUUGAGGUCCCCCUUUUGUUCGGCUGGCAGCUUGGCUCGAUUGAUCACCUGCUUUGAAGAGCGUGGUAGUCCCUUACCUACAGGACUGGGCUUUCCAUUGGUGUGCUGACUGCAGCUGCUCUCUACCACGGGGCAGCUCCUGGGCUGCCCUCACAGAGGCUGCCAACUUUAUCUGCUCUGUGCCUCCGUGGGUUUGUUCCUCCGGAGGGGGCGGCAGGGGCCAAGGCAGUGUCCGAGCAGCACGGCCGUGAAGUGCAGCCCAGUCUCCUCGUGCAAGGGGCACACGCAGCGGAAAAAGUGCUCUGGAAGAGAAUGAGGUCCGUGUGCUCACUGUGAUGCAAGAAAGGAAAGGAAGGCCACGGUGGGGGAGGUGGGAAAUGUAAAUACCAGAGCGUUACUGACGAAGGUGAGUGCCUUCAGGCCUUGUGCUGUCAGUGGGUGUGGGCAGAGGGUAAGGUGAUUGACUCAGUGCCAUACUUUGUUUUCAGGUGCCUCUCCAUUGCAAACCUGCCUCCGGGCAAGGUGCUGAGCUGGGGGAAGGGUCUCUGGUGGUCUCUCAGUUUGCCCAUAUGAUGUGGGACUGAUGCUGAGCAACACUCUGCUGUUUUGGCAUGAGUAUGGCUCAGUGGCACCUCUUUAGCACACAGGCUGGCUUCUCUUGUAUGCUCAGUGCUCACACCAAGGGGACCCACCCUUGCCCACCUCUUUAGCACACAGAGGGCACUGCCCCCACCUCCUCCGGAGUACAAAGCAGUCCCCCCCCCCCCCCGAACACCAACCAAACUGUUUCACUCUUUGGCAUCAAAGCCAUAAACAUUCACUCCCCUAUUUGUGCUUGUGUCUUCAGUGAUGUCACCCACCAGUGUAAAAUCAUGGGGUUCUCAUACAAACACAUCAUUUCCAAAUAGACACCAGUUCAGUAUGAGGGGUUUCUUCAGGAUGCAGUUCAAAGUCAUCAAUGUUUUGCUGGGUGUCAGGACAAAUGUUUUGGGCUUUGCUGGAGUUGCUCUCAGAAAGAAAUCCCUCUAUUUUUUGUAACACAAGGAAUGUAGAUCAGCUGAAGAUCUUUAGUGCCAGGCAUACACGAUUAGGUGGAAGGAUCUUAUUGUGCAUCUGGCUCAGAGAAUAUAGGAUACUUUCCAUCACUCCAGUCUGAGUCUUAGAGUUUCCUGACUCUAAUUGCAGACAGGCUGGGGAGUGCUGGGUUUGAAUAGGGAAUGACUGCUGCGUUCCCUCAGACCUUCCCUGCCAUUUCUUUUGUCCCAGCAGGCUCCAGCUCAACUUCUGCCUUUCGCCUGUGAUCAGUGCAGCCUGCUGGAGAGCAGGAGAUGGCCACAUCUCAGGAGCCCGUGAGCUUUGCGGAGGUGGCCGUGUAUUUCAGCAGAGAGGAGUGGGCGCUGCUGGACCCUGCACAGCGAGUGCUGUACCGGGACGUGAUGCUGGAGACGUAUGAGUCUGUGGCCUCUCUGGCUCCACUUCUAGCCCCCAAGCCCGUGGUGAUCUCCCUGCUGGAAGGAGGGGAAGACCCCUGGAUCCCAGAUGUGCACAGCUCGGAGAAUGUGGCAGGAGACCUCAGCCCAGCAGCAGAUGAGAUCUCAAAUAUAAAGGAGGAUCGGCUGAAAAGUGGUGUGGCCAAAAGGCACUGGGGUAGUGCUUCCAUGAGAGAGAACAGAAGGAAUGUCCAAGGGGGCCUCGAGCAAGGAGAGCACUUCAGGAAGCCACUGGGAAACCAUCCAGGGAAGAGAGUGAGUAACCCCCCGGGCUGCAGCUUAGAUCGUGAGCAGCCUGAAGGCCUAAGGAGCAAGGAAGAAUGCCAGGAGAAAAGGCAGAAUCUGUGUGAUGUGUCUGGGAAAAGUUUUAAAAGGUGUGCCAGUGAUGUUAACCAUCAGCGUAUAUGUCCUGGGGAGAGGCUGUACAAGUGUUCUGACUGUGGAAAGAGCUUCAAAUGCCGUUCUGACCUCAGUGUCCAUCAGUGCAUCCACACAGAAGAGAACUGCUUUAAGUGCCCUGAGUGUGGGAAGGGCUUCAGAUGCAGUUCCAACCUCAUCCGCCACCAGCGCAUCCACAGAGGGGAGAGACCCUACAAGUGCCAUGAGUGUGGGAAGAGCUUCAGAAGGAGUGCCCACCUCAUCUGCCACCAGCGCAUCCACACAGGAGAGAGACCUUACAAGUGCCCUGAGUGUGGGAAGAGCUUCAAAAGCAGCACUGAACUCAUUUGUCACCAGCGCGUCCACAAAGGAGAGAGACCCUACAAGUGCCCUGAGUGUGAAAAGAGCUUCAAAUGCAGUUCUGCCUUGAUUGUCCAUCACCGCAUCCACACAGGAGAGAACUGCUUUAAGUGUCUUGAGUGUGGGAAGGGCUUCAGAUGCAGUUCCAACCUCAUCUGCCACCAGCGCAUCCACACAGGGGAGAGACCCUACAAGUGCCCAGAGUGUGGGAAGACCUUCAGAACCAGUGGCAACCUCAGAUACCACCAGCGCAUCCACACAGGAGAGAGACCUUACAAUUGCCCUGAGUGUGGGAAGAGCUUCAGAAGGAGUGCCCACCUCAUCUGCCACCAGCUCAUCCACACGGGUGAGAAACCCUACAAGUGCCCUGAGUGUGGGAAAGCCUUUAGAAGCGCUUAUUCCCUCUACUCCCAUAAGCGCGUCCACACAGCAGACAGACCAUAGCAGUGCCCUGAGUUUAUGAGAAGCUUCAGAAGCACUUCCAGCCUCAUACAGGAGACAGAGCCUGCAAGUGCCCCAAAGAGUGUGCACCUUUCCCUGACAGGUGAAUGCAUGGUUUAAUCUAGUAGUGUCAUGAUGUAGAGAGCAGGCAGCACUUGGUGUAAUCAAUGUGUGAGCCCAGCAGGGAAUGGUGCAUGUGAGUGAGAACAGAGAAAUAUCAACUCCAUCCAUGUUGGGGUACCUGUCGUUGUCUGUAGAUCAGAUUCAGUCCCUCCAAUUCCCUUGCUUCUGGAUGUAUCUGAUGAAAUUCUACUUCGAGUUUCCUGACUUCUCCUGUUCACCACUCCGUUGCCUAUAGGAGGAAUGCUGCUUGGUGGCGUUUUACUACUAUUACCAAGCCAAGCCACAGAAACUGUGACACAGAGAUCUGAGGUUUCCUUAGUGAAAUGCAGUUUCAACACCACCCAAAGCAGCAAGCCCUUUCCCCUUAAGUCUUGACCCCAAUAGGACAGAAGAGAGCCCUAACUGGAGAGAAGCUGUGUCCCAACUGGAGUUACCUGUUAGGUACACUAUGUGCCCAGCAGGGAAUGGUGAGUUUGUCAUGCUUGAGGGUCAUGAUUCCCACUCAAGCGCUCAGAGGAACUGCUCACAUUUGCACUUAUGCUGAUUGAUGAUUUGCCUCCUGACCAGCAUAUCUGGGGGUUUUCCCAUGCCUUGGUUGGACUGUGGGAUCUGGAAGAGGACAGAACCAGGUGAAACUUACCUACAGUAUAUCUAAUAGGUACAGCGUUAAUUGCACAUAGAAGAUGUCAUUUAUCUAUAUUUUGCCAUGUCAGUAUGGGUAGAUGUAUUCUGGUGUUUAUCUACAGAAGCUCUGUUGUAAUGCUUAAUAUUUAGUAGUAGUGGUCAAACGAUAUCUAUCUUAAUCACAAGGGCACUCUGCUGCAAUGUCUGUUUCCCAGUGAAGCAUGUUGCAGGGGGCCUGGGCAGUCUUGCCAAAGAGGCCUGUGGUGCACCACAGUAGAUAGCGCAACUCCCUUGGUUUCUCCUUGACCCCUGGCCAGGUUUUGGGGGGAAAUCCAACAGGAGAAAGCCAGAUGUUGCACCUUGCAUUUCUGUAGAUUUGUCUAUUCAAUAGUGUGAAGGUGUGAGAAGCUGGAACACUUUUUUGGCUCAAAGCUUGCUCAGCAGCAUCCAUCCCAGACAUAACCUGCUCAACAAGGUUUUGGAAUUAACCAUUAAUUACCAUGAGCCCAGUGGUAAGAGGACGGGCAUUCUGUUCCUUAUAAUGGACAUAAAGUGGGUACCUGACAGCUUCCGUCACCAUGAUGAACAGGACAUGAUGGCCCUGAUAACUGGGGUAGACAGGAGGGCCCCUGACAACCAGCUGCUGCCCCUGGUAACAAAAAGGAUGCUAUGGAGAGGAUAAAAACCCAAAGAGUUCCAGGGAAGAAAGGGUAUCCCCACUGGCCAACUGUAGCCGUGCAGUUCAACGAGACGUCACUGACUAUCUCCCUGCAGACCAACGAGAUGUCGCUGGAUCCCUGGUGGUGACCAUCCCUGCUCUGUAAGCCAUUUGCUAGAAUUUCUCUAUUUACCAUCACCAACUUCCCCAUCUUCCCCAUGUCCCUUAGUCACUUAGAACUUGUAAUCAAUCAACUGGAAAGCACUGGCUUCGUUUGCUGCCUUCAUCUUCCUCUGUGUAUAUAGAUAUACAUAUAUCAAACCAUCUCCUCCAAUAAUUGGAGCAAAACAAAAGGUUGGAUCUGCUUGCACUGACUUUGGAGACCUCACCUAUAGGCUUGGCUCGUUGCUGUUGGACUUCCCAAUUGCUGGACAGGUUCUCCAAAUCCUUGCUGCAAGUGGGGCUUCCCAGUGACUGCAGGUCUGAAUGAUGGUAGUCUAUGAGGGCAAUUGGUGAUGUCUCUUUCUUAAUCACUAUUGCUAACGUCAUGUAGUAAUGAGUAGAUGCAUUACCUUGCUUAUUUUCUUUAAUGUUAAGAUUAUCCUUUGACUACAGGCACUGCUUUAUUUUUGUAUUACUUUGAAAUGGGCAGUAAAAAGAGCCCAUCCCUUCCGUUGCUGUCUGUGUCCUUCCUGUCAGCCCCGUCAGUUUGCAAAACAUAUAAAUAUGCAACAUAUUGGCAAAUAUAUUCAC